GACGAUCCCGCACACAAUAUUGUUUACGAGGCGAGAUAGCUGCAAGGUUUUGCACCCGUCGGUCAAGAUGCAAGAGGAUAAAUCUAAACAACACACCGACCCCUGCCCCAGAUUCGCCAUCAUAGCUAGAUGCCUCGAAUUACUCCUUCCGUUCCUCUGUAUCUGGAUAUGGACCUUGGAUCCGAAAGGCGCAUCGCGAAAGUUGCUCUGGUCGGAAGGCGCGUCGAGGCUCCUGAACUCCGACCCGUCAAAUGCCAUAUAUUUCUAUUCAAACCAGACCGAGACCCCUGAAGUUCCGUACAUCUGGUCCGAGAAAUUGGCUAACGCCAACGUUAUGGUCAUCAUGGGCACAAGUAUCAUUGUCGUCUUGAGAGCAGCGUUCCAUACAUCGAAUAGAUUCAACACCAAACGUAUCGAUCUGACUCUCAACAUCAUACUAUUGCCGCUUUGGAUUGCUUGCCUGGUUGGACAACAAUCUUCGGACUAUUCAGACCCGCAUCACCGAAGUCGCUUUCCUUGGUAUCUUGUCUCCAGCUGUUCUUCUGCCCAUUUAGGAGCUCGAAGCGCUUGUCGAAAUGCUCAACUCACAUUCGCUUUCACACUCUUGAUGGCGCUUCUUUACGGAACUUGGGUCAUGAAGACCAUUGUAUCCGAGAUUCGAGAUUUCAUCAACCGUCGCAGAUACCAACAGAUCAUAGAGCUUCCCUAAUGCGCAUUUGAUUGGCCAUUAGGAAUGUAUAAUGAUAAAAGACAAGAUAAAGCUUCCGAAAAACACGGUGCUUCACCUAUGUCAGGCUCUGGCUGAUUAUGUUCGACCGUGACGCAUAUGCCACCAAUGAUUGCGUGAUAACAUCCUCAAAAGGGUAAGGAACACAGAAUACUCAGCUGGACUAGAAACUAUUGCCAACUUCUGUCUCCUGGGCCAAAAAUUCCACGAACAUGUUGUUGGAUGAGGUCGGAGAAUUAAUUUUGACGUGGCCAGUGGCACAAGCCGAAAUUAGCUCAAACGAGCUCAAGUGAGCACAUUAGCAAACGCU